GGGAGCACCGUGAAUAUGAAUAUUAUGGGAUGGGUGUACUGGAAAGUUCACGAUCUGUUUGGUUCUACAGGCCAUACCACUCUGGGCAUAGCACUCUUGAUAGGUGGUAUUACAUGUAUCUUUUCACUAGUUUGUGCUCUUAUUCUUGCUUACCUGGACAAAAGAGCAGAGAAAAUUCUUUGCAAAGAACAAGGGAAAACUG